AAUGACCGCGAAAUGGCAGCAAAUAGUUACAGCAAACCCUGAGCCAUUUCCUGCCAUGCCGUGGUCUUCUGAACUUUGGCAGCUGAGAUCUGAUCUGUGGGGAUGCAUCAUGUGAGAACUGGGCGGAGCUCCUUGUUCCUUACAGCUGUUGACGCUUGAAAUAAUCGAAGCAGGAAACAGGAGCCGAGAAUCUGGCUUGAAAGUAACAUCAAUGUACGAAAGUGCUGCCUGAAGAAAGGGAAUCCAGAGAAUUCUUUACAGAAGUCAAGUCAGGCACUAAAAGCAGAUGGAGAGCUGGCAAGGGAUCCCCCACUCUGUCAGCAGUAAUACAACAGAUCUGACCAUUGGCUUUAUUUCUUCAGCAGUUGCUGUUGUCUUAUUUGGAUCAAACUUUGUACCGGUGAAGAAGUUUGACACUGGGGAUGGAAUGUUCUUCCAGUGGAUUCUUUGUGCUGCUAUCUGGAUUGUUUCUUUAAUUGUUAACCUGAUUCAGAACAGCCCAAAGUUUUGGCCUCUUGCUAUGGUUGGGGGCUUUUUAUGGGCUACAGGUAAUGUAACAGUUGUUCCAAUUGUUAAAACCAUUGGGUUAGGCCUUGGCCUUUUAAUCUGGGCUUCUUUUAACUUGCUAACUGGCUGGGCAAGUUCAAGAUUUGGUUGGUUUGGAAUUGACCCAGAAGAAGUCAGAAAACCAGUUCUGAAUUACAUCGGAGCAGCACUUUCAGUACUUAGCUCCAUCAUAUUUCUUUUCAUAAAAAGUGAAGUUCAAAACUCUUCACCAUCUUCAGAAAGCACUCCAUUAUUAAGAGAACAGUCUAUCAACACUUCUGAGGACAGAGUCGAAAACAGGAAUGAUGUAUCUUGGGUGGACAACCUUUCUCCAUCGGGAAAGAGAAUGGUAGGCUGCUUUCUGGCUAUGAUAGCUGGGAUAUUCUACGGCUCUAGUUUUAUACCUGUGUUUUACAUCAAGGACCACGGCAGAAGAAAUGGGACUAUAUAUAUAGGAGCCAGUCAAUUUGAUUUAGAUUAUGUAUUUGCCCACUUCAGUGGUAUCUUCCUUACAAGUACCGUCUACUUUCUGAUCUACUGUGCAGCAAUGAAAAAUAACCCUAAGGUUUAUCCUGCAGCUAUAAUACCAGGAUUUAUUUCUGGAACAUUAUGGGCAAUAGCCAAUUGCUGCUGGUUUAUAGCAAACCACUAUCUCAGUGCUGUUGUGAGCUUCCCAAUAAUCACUGCUGCUCCUGGUUUUAUAGCUGCAGUGUGGGGAGUGCUGGUGUUUAAAGAAAUAAAGGGACUGAAAAACUAUCUGCUGCUCUUAACAGCAUUCUGCAUUAUUUUGGCUGGAUCCCUCUCUACAGCUUUUUCUAAAGUAUGAAGAAACAUCUUUUGAUCCAGCAGAUGGCACCACUAGUUAAUACAUGUAAGACUUUCGAGAUUGCUUCUGUCUUUGGAGGUAUCACUUAUAUCUUACUUCUCACCAUAAGAACAUAAACUUUAUUAGGAAUAUUUUUGCUUAAUGAAGAAUGCUCAUUGUGGUCUGUCUUCAUUGUUUAAAAUAAGAAAUCCAUUUUUUAAAAAAAGCAAACUCAGUUAUGAUAUCAAACAUUUUUCAAAAUUUUUGAUGCUGUAAUAUUUCUUUACCUUGUGGCUGGUACCUAGGUGGGAAGGAUAGGAAAUAUUUAAAAAAAUGAAAAAUAAAAUAUA